AUGGAGACCUCACUGAACAAGUUUUUAUGCUACCUCCAGAAGGGUUCUCAUCCACGGACCACCCUCAAUAGAUUUGCAAGCUCCAAAAAGCUUUGUAUGGUCUCAAACAGGCCCCUAGGGCAUGAUGACAUCCUAGUUACCGACAAUGAUCUAACUCUUAUUGCAAAAGCAGUUCAUGAUCGCAAUAAUCAGUUUACACUUAAAGUGCUGGGACCGGUGCAUUAUUUUUUAGGCUUUGAAGUGAACAGGAAUUCCACUGGUUUGCUACUUACUCAGACCAAGUACGCACAAGAGCUUCUUGCCAAAGCUAAUAUGGAGGGUUGUAAGCCGUGUGUUACACCCAUGGCAAUUGGUACCAAGCUGAGUAAAGAAGAUGGUGACUUAUUUAAACAACGUACUCUUUAUAGGAGCAUUAUUAGUGGACUUCAAUACCUUAGGUUAUCUAGACCUAACUUAGUUUUCACUAUUAACAAAAUAAUUCAGUUCUUACAUAAUCCCACCAUGCUUCAUUGGACAGCAUGUAAGCGAGUCCUACGGUAUAUUCAAGGCACCUUGCAUCAUGGUGUUGUCUUCCAUAAGCACUCUCAUUUUCAGCUUAAGGCCUACGUUAAUGCCGAUUGGGCCAGUGACAUUAAUGAUCAACGCUCGACGAGUGGAUAUGCAAUCUUUUUUGAUGAUAAUUUGGUUCAAUGGAGCUCAAAGAAGCAAAAGGUCGUAUCGUUGUCAUCCACUGAGGCUGAGUAUAGAGCCUUAAGUCAAGCUGCCAUUGAAGUGGUCUGA